AUGCAUGGCAGGUGUACAAAGGUUGCGUUUGCGAGGUCUGAUGUUCUGUGUUCCCCUCCGUGGCAGGUGUAUGAGAAGGCGGAGGGGCGUGACCCCGAGAGGGUGGGGCGCAUGGUGGGAAUUCAGCCCAAUGGGCUGGCCGCGCUGCGAUGCAUCGAUCCCACCAUUGCUGAUGCUAUGACCAUUGAGUCGACUUACAAGGCUUACCACCUCGCCCCGUCCCGUCGGGCGAGGUGCUUCUGGAGGCCACUUCCCUUCUCACCUCACCUUCCCCCCUCCCCCUAUGCCCCACUCCCCACGGCUGUCGUCGCAAGGCGCGCAUCAGGAUCAGGCGAGGUGCUACCGGAGGCCGCUUCCCUUCUCAUCUUCCCCCCUCUCACUCCCUUCCCCCUUACCUGCAUAUUUCAUUCCAAGGAGCGCAUGUUCCCAGCCUAUGGGAGCUCGCCCCAUCCAGCAAGCCUGUGGCAACUCUCCCCAUCGGGCGAGGUGCUGCUGGAGGCCAUGGCGCCGGCUGACGGCCGCCUCUCCAUCCGCUGGGGGCUCGCUCUCGAAGCGGACCUUCUGAUGGGCACGGACGGGGUGCGGGCGGCAGUGAGGCAGCAUGUGUUGAAGGAGGCGGAUCUGCUGAUCGGCACGGAUGGGGUGCCAGUGACUGCUCAAGCCUGCAAGCGUAGUGACUGCAGACCAACGAGAUUGUCGUUCCUGUCUAUCUCCCUCUAUGCCUCAGGCGGAUCUGCUGAUCGGCACGGACGGGGUGCGAUCGGCUCACUCGCGCCCCUACCGCACGUGCUUCACGAGGGGCGGCGGGAGGACGGCCGCAGUGGGGGACCUCGGUGGGGCGGAGAUUUUUGUCCUGUUGUGUGUGCGGACGAGCAGGGGAGGGGGCUGACACAGCAGCGUUCAGCGAAUGGGGAGGAAGUGCGGGGGAAGAUCAGGGCGCUUUUUGCCGACUGGCCUGCAUACAAGGAUGUUAUUGAGGUGGGCAGGGGGGAGUUAUCGAGUUCUGCCGCCCCACCCUUAACAGGCCGCCCCAACCAGUUCUGCCGCCCUCACCCGUUCCCACUGCCUCACCUGUAG